UGGGCGACUGAGGGCUAGGUUGUGUAUCGCCAGCGUAGUUCAUGAAAUUCCUGGCGUGUUUGAGACAGAAUUGAUUACUAGCCAUUGGACUCUGAAUCAUCUUCCUACUCAAGAAUCGUGAAGUGGAAUGUUUACAUGGGGAAUACUAUGUUAUAGAUAACAAGAUGGCAGUGGUAAAACUUCUUUUGGAAAGUGUUCGACGAGACAUUGUCACAGUCGUUGAUUCGGUUGUCAACCAUCAAAGGGUUUAGAUCAUUUCCACAUAAUCGAUUUGUCUCAGAUAAUAGCGAGCUUUCUUGUCACCCUGUUAUCAUUUGUCGUGAAUGAUUGGACUCUCAAAUCGUAAGUAACUUAAUAACACCGAUUUCUCCGAGAUAGGAAUUUGUUGAAACAAGCUAGCUGCUGUAGUCAGUAUCUGGUUCGGGGAUUUAACUGGAAUUGAAUGUGACAAAGAUAAGAUAUUGUAUCAGUGCACUUUAUGGACCCAGAGCUUCAUUAAGGGAUUAUAUUUAAACCCCUGCACACGGGGGAGUCGUUGGCAUUUCUGGAGGAACUCCAGACUGACCACCAUAUCCCUUCAACGCUAUUCAUAGACUGACCAAUGUAGUUCGUCAGAAUUAAAUGGCAUCAUACAACUACAACCAACGAGGUCUGCCACAGAAACCCGUCCCAGCUCCCCGGGGAGCCAGAUCACCAAACUCGCCCCAUGGAAACCCUAUGUCUGCCAUGAUGGACCAACCAAUGUCAUCGCAGGUGAUGGCUGCUGCGGCAGCUGGUAUGGCCGCAUCUGGACAGGCAAUGAACGAUAAUCGUGCAAAGGCCGUCUUAAAAGAGGCUGUGGAUGCAGUGGUCAACAGCUUUGCCAAACAUUCACAUGGAUAUGGACGAGUGAAUGUGGUGGAAGCAUUACAAGAGUUCUGGCAGAUGAAGCAGGAUCGUGGGGCAGACCUGAAGAACGGAGCCCUGGUGGUAUACGAAUCUCAGCCGUCGUCUACACCGCCUUACGUUUGUUAUGUCUCACUCCCAGGGGGAAGCUGCUUCGGCAGUUUUCAGCAUUGCCCCACGAAGGCCGAAGCCCGAAGGAGUGCUGCCAAAAUAGCCCUGAUGAAUUCCGUAUUUAAUGAGCACCCAUCACGCAUGAUUACAGACGAGUUCGUAGAUCAUGCUGUACGUGAUGCCGCUGGUUCUUUUCAGGGAGCCCCUGAGCAGGCAGACAACCCAGCCACAGGAAUCGGUGCCUUUCGUUUUAUGUUGGAGGCCAAUAAAGGCCGCACUAUGUUAGAAUUCCAAGAACUGAUGACAGUGUUUCAGCUACUACACUGGAACGGAAGUCUGAAGGCAAUGCGUGAACGCAACUGUUCCCGACAGGAAGUGCUGGCACACUACUCACACCGCGCUCUGGACGACGACAUGCGCUCACAGAUGGCUCUUGAUUGGAUAGCCCGCGAACAGGAGGUGGACGGCAUCAUUAGUCGGGAAUUAGAAAUUUCAGAAAAAGAACUCGAAAGUGCUAGAUUAGCUGGUCGUGAGUUACGGUUCUUCAAGGAAAAGAGAGACAUUUUGGUGCUGGCGUUGAGUCAGAUUGGACCCCCAGAGAGCAUGGCAUGAAAGCAUUAGUACCAAAUUAAUUCACGAGCCAAAAUAUACAGCAUAUAUACAAUUACCGUAGACUAGAGAAAUCAACUCUCUAGCUACAUGUUAAAUUUCUGAAGCAUUGCUUGAUUUGUUUCAAUUGGAAGAGAUCUUUCACUAGAAUUUAUGUUCUUACUAAAGACUGUUUUUACAGAUAGUUCCUUUGUACAAGUAUAAUUUACUUAACAUUUUUUUGAGAUACCAAAAAUUUGGAUCAGUCUUCUAGGUUGUUUAAGUUACCAAAAAAUUAUACAAAUGUAUCAAUUUUCCAGUCUUAAACAAAUGAAAAAUGCUAACAUAUUUUCUGUAAAUUUAUGUUUUUUAUAUUUAAAUUUUAUUUAUUAUUUAAUUUGAAAUAUCCUACGGGAUACUUAAACUAUACUUUCCAAAGGUAAUGAGAUUUUGUCGAGUUUUGUUCUGUCACAUAAUUUAGUCUGCCAAAAAAGAAAAGGUUGUAAGAAAAACAAUUGUUUCUAACUGUUUUUCAUCCUGAUUAUUCAUAAGGAUUUUUUCAUGUUGUUUAAUUAAUUUGUACAAGUAACUACAAUGUACUUUAUCUUGAUCAGAUGCUAAAGACAACUGUAAUGUUUUUAGAACGAUGAAGCAAGCUGUAUUAAACUAAAUUAUAAUCAUACCAAAAUCGUUGAUCUGAAUCAGAAUUACUCCAGUAAUUUUGCUCAACAAUUGUCUCUUUCGUUCGUGAUUGUUUAUAUAAUUACAAAUAUAACCUAUAUUCAGAAUGGAAUUAAUGUAAAUAUUUGUUCAUGGAAAGAUUUAAUGUGUUUUGAUAAAAAAAAUUAAUUCAAUUUACUCAUAUACAAGUACUAUAAGAUAUAAUAUUAAACUGCAUUUGUACUUUGGUUAAGUGGUAAAUUAAAAAUGCUCAUUUCAUGUUAACUGUCCAUAUUUCAUUCAGACGUCAUUUCAUUUAUUAACUUUCUGUAAAUCAUUUUAGUAUAGGGUUGAUAAGACACUGACAAAAAAGUUUGGAAAUUAAAAAAACAUAAAUGUGUUUAUCAAAAUGAAUAAGAACUGUUUAACACAUAAAGGAGAUUUUUCAGUUACAUGUGACAUAUUCCACUUGUACUGCAAAACUAAUAAUGAUAAUUUGAUGCGGAAAGUAUAUAUUAAUGGGAUUCUGUGUGCUAUACUGUAAACAAAAUUUUUUCCAUAUGCACAGAAGAUUAAAAUUCGUGAAAAUUAAUUACUGCGAAAAUGGUUUCAAUCACAGGUACAGUAGGCCUUUUAUGACUGUAAAUCACAACAAAAAAUUGCCAUGAAAAACUUGUUAGGUAUGAAAACAUAAAUUAAGUCGUCAUGAAAAUAACUUUGUUUACAGUAGUAUACAGUACAGAUAUCAUCAUAAAUCAUACAAAUUGUUUUAUCUACGCUUGGAUUUAAAAUGGUUCAAAAUUGUAAAUAUAGUCUCUAUGGAAGUAUUAUAUAGAAAUUAUAUUUUUUAUAGAUAUAGAUAUUAUUUUCUGUCAACUUACUCUCGUACAAUGUCGUGAAUGUGUCCUGAGUGUAAGUGAUUUUCUUUUGUAUGUUUUCUAUUGUUGUUCUGUAUGUAAGUUUCUGUUAUUGUUUCCGUGUGUCCUACACUCGACAUUGUCCAUUUCUAAUACUCAAAGGAGUCUAUAAGCAUGAAAACUGUAUGGGUCGAUCAUUAUUUUCAUUUGUUUUUCUCUUAAAUGACAUUGAUGAACUGUAAGUUCAGAGCAAAUUACAUGUAUUGUAUUAUUAAAUGUAGGCAUGAAUAUUUUUACAAUAUGACAUAUUAGAAUUGGAAGAACAAAUUCAAAGUAGAGAAAAAUGUUCAUGGUAUGGAUAUUUUGAUAUCUAUAUAGCUAUUUUCAAGCCAGCUCAGUUCAGAUUAUAUACAGUUGUAUAUACAAUUAUCUAAUAACCUAUAUGCAUUUAGUGGGUAUCAGUGUGCCACAAAAUUAACUUUUAAUUUUCCAAAACUGCUGUCUCCUGAAAUAACACAUAUUUACGUCUUUAUAUGAAAUUGUACAUCAAAACAUCUUAAUAAUGGAACAAAAAUUGUGUCCUGUGUGGUUCUAGAUCCACUGUAUAGCUUUUAUAUACAGUAGAUAUAUUCCUAACUUCUAAGCCGCUUAUUCAUGUCCCUGUAUCAAAAUCAUUGUUCAUAAAAACCUGCAAAACAUCCAUUUCUUGGUAUUAAACUGAAAAUCCAAUACAAAAUAUGAGCUUUCAUCUGCGAAGCAUAGAUGCAGUCAUUGUAUAUAAAGUUAUCAGAUUUGAUUUCUGCAAUCAAGUAUGAAGUGUGAAUGUAUUGUACUCCUUUAAAUCCACUUUAAAAUGUAAUUGUCAUCAAUACAUAGAAGAGUUGUUGGACCAUCUUAUCAGUUUACAGUUUUUACCAGAAUAUUCUUUUCAGAAAGGGCUUCCAUAUAUCUGGUAUUGUCAUUCAUGGGUAUAUUUGUAUAGAUUUAUACAUUUCAUCUUCUCUGUUAUUUGUUGUGAACCAAAAAUCAUAAUUGAAAUUUUUGUAUCUAUUCAUAAAAUAUCAACAAAUUGAUGUUGUUUAAGUGCUGUUCAUCAAACCUUUUUGAUUGUUAAGAAACAGAUCUAGCUGAAAGAUUUUAACUAAACGUACAGAACGUCAUUUUAAUUAAACCAAGUUGAAUUUUUUUUCAGAAUUAAUUUUCUAAUAUAUAUAUUCUUAUAAAUACAGCAUUGCAGUAGAAUUUGUUUUCUAAUUACAUGGCUAUUAAAAGUUUGAAAAAAUUCAGCAUUCAUUUUUCAAAAUUUAUACAUACAAUGGAAUUUUUCAUUUUAUGUCACCAUUGUGUUGAUAUCCUCAUUGUAAUCUACCCAUGUUGAAAUCAUGAUUUCUCUUUUUUAAGUGUUCAUAUUAUGGAUUUUAUUACCCCUGUGAUUAUAUACAGGAAUGGUAGAUUGAGGAUAUUCAUCCAUAACGAAACUUAAUCAUCCAUUGGAUAUAUUUCAUCUCAUCUAAUUAACCAAGAGAAGUCGUUUUGGUUCGCAGAGUAAUAUGAUUUUUCUCGUACCCCUAAAAAGGAUUAAAAAAAAUAUGUAAUAAUUGUGCUUGUCUUAUUUCCAGUAUAUUUCGAAAUGGUGAAAUAUUUUCAAUUUUAUGGUUUCAAAAUGUGCAUGUUUUACAUACGUUUCACCAUAUGUGUGAAAUAGCUAUAUCUCGCCUUGCAUGAGAAAACACGAGUGGAAGGUGAAUCGAGUCGAAGGUUUUACGUUUGAGAUUUUUUCCUGUUUGGGGUAGGAGAAGAGUAUAUCUCUUAUAAGUGCAAUACUAAGUCACUAUCAGUGUAGUAACAAAAACAAGGUGUAAAGGGUAAUGCUAGUAUAUAUGGAUCAAAGUUGUUUUAGUUUUACUCAGUGUACAUAUCAAAGUUUAUAAAAACUCAUCCUUGUAUUCGUUUAGGAUUUGGGAAGAGCGAUCUGUCUAUAAUUAUACUGACAAUGCCUUGUUUGUUUGCUGUUGUGUCUGGUAGGACAAUUGAAGUGUUUAAUAUAUUUAUAUAUGGUAUUGUAUUGUAAAAAUUAAUGCUUUGUUGUUACCAGUGAUUUUAUUAGAAAAUGUUGGGGCCUGUUUGUUUAUGCGGACAAACUGGUUCGUCAGUUUUUAAAUGUAUUAUUUCAAACAUAUAUCUUGAUGGACCUGCAAAUGUUUAUUAAUACAGGCCUUGGAAGUUUUUGUCGAGGCUUGUCUGAAAACAAUAUAAACUCACCAGGUCCGUCUUUAUUUCAUAAACGAACAAACAACUGGUCGAUCUGUUUGGACUGUGGAAACGAAAACAGCCUUUGGUCUAUGUUGAAAGGGAGAUAACUUACCUUUUUCAUACGAGAUAUUUGACAUGUGUAUAUAAUUAGCAUAACCAGAAAACUUACAAAAAAGUUUGUUUUAAAUUAUCUAUUUAUUUACACAAAAUUAUAAAUAAGUCACCAUAUAAAUACAAAACAAAUUUUAAGGAACAAAAUAUGUUUAUAAAUACGAUUAAUUUUGUUACUUUGUAAAAUUAUUUUUUCUGCCUAUUGUCUAUGGGUUGAGUAAUAGUAGAAUGGUUCAGUGCUGUGUUCUGUAAAAAAAAUCUUAAAUGUGUUUAUAACAAGCGCUAAAUUGCCAAGAUAUGUCAAAUUUUAGCCUGUAUACACCUUAUGUUACUUGGGUGGGAAAGUGAAGAUCCAAGUUAUAUUCAAUGAAUCUCUUUAGUUUGAUAAUUCCAUGAACAAUGUUAGAUCUUUUACAACACUCAUCAAUAUCAUUUCCAUCUUAAAUUAAUCGCAUUCUACCAGUAAUAAUGUUUUCUUAUUUAAACCAUCAUAUGAAUUGGAACUUUUGACCAUAAUAUGAAUUGGAACAAAACAUUCUCUGAACCAAUGUCAAGGAAAAUCAAUGAAGUAUAUGUUUAUUUAGACAUUUAUGUUUAUCCAGAAAAGUAAUUUCUUACUCUAGUGCUAAUUUAUGUAUGCAUCAAUUUUCUGCUUCAUUUUCAACCCAUUGAAGUUAUUUUGCAUUCAUGGUGUAUAUGAAAACAUUAAAAGAUUUUGUUGGGGCUUAUCGAUAUACAUGUAAAUGCUGUAUACCCAGUGGCUUCAUUUUUAAUCAAAACAGCAUUGUAAACGUAAGAAAAUGUGUUAUAUUCAAAAAUGCUUGCUGUUGCAAUCCCAACUUGCUCUACAUAUAUAUCAUAGGGUGUUCUGGUAAACACUACUGGACUGACACUAGUAUAUUUCUCAUGCAUGUGAUAUAAUUGUUCAUUGUAGAUGUCUUUAAAUAUUUUGUUGUCAACGCGAUGCUGAUGUAUGGAAGAUGUCAGCUUUUUUGUAAGUUAUAUAUAUGAGGCUUCUCUUGUUAUUUGGCAUAAUAUAAAAAAAUUAUUAACCAAUAAAACACUCUUGCCAUAGGUAAAA